AUGGUAUGUGAAGUGACAAGGAUUCAGGUCGUUAUCACGAUAUCUGGGCACUUUAUGGCUAUAUACGUAACAUCACGUGUGGUGGCAUUAUUGGAAAUGGCUGCUUGCGAAGUUAGUGAGGAAUUAGAAGAGAAGAUAAAAGCACAAGGAGAAAUUGUCCGGAAGCUUAAAAGCUGCAACCUGUCAUCUUCACAAGAAGAAAAGCAAGCAGCUAUUGAAAAAUUGUUAGAAUUGAAAGCAAAAUAUAAAGAGUUGACAGGAGACGCUUAUAAAACAGAUCAACAAGGAAAGCAGCAAAAAAAAGGAACAGUAAAAAAUUCUCUAAGUGAGUGCGUUCAAGGAGAUACCAAAAAGCAGACGAAAUUAGGUGUGGGAGUGGGCAAAAGCCAAAACUGUUCUGAGUGGUAUGCUCAGGUUAUUACAAAAGCAGAAAUGAUUGAAUAUUAUGAUGUUUCGGGCUGUUAUGUCUUAAGACCAUGGUCUUAUGCCAUCUGGGAAUUUAUUCAAGAAUGGUUCAGCAAGCAGAUUAAAAAAUUAGGUGUUGAAAAUUGCUACUUUCCAAUUUUCGUCUCGCAAAAUGCAUUAGAAAAGGAAAAAACGCACAUUAAUGAUUUCGCACCCGAGGUGGCUUGGGUGACACGAGCAGGUCAAUCAGAUUUAGCUGAACCAGUUGCUAUUCGUCCAACUAGUGAAACGGUCAUGUAUCCAAGUUAUAGCAAAUGGAUCCAAUCCCAUCGAGAUCUUCCGUUGAAACUCAAUCAGUGGUGCAAUGUUGUUCGGUGGGAAUUUAAACACCCAACACCGUUUUUAAGAACUCGGGAGUUCCUUUGGCAAGAGGGUCAUACUGCAUUUCAAAAUAAGGCUGAAGCAGAAAAAGAAGUCUUCCAAAUACUUGAUUUAUAUGCUCAAAUAUACACUGACCUGUUGGCUAUACCUGUCAUUAAAGGACGGAAGACAGAAAAGGAGAAGUUUGCUGGUGGCGACUUUACAACCACUGUUGAAGCAUAUGUGCCGAUUAAUGGACGUGGGAUUCAGGGUGCUACGUCUCAUCAUUUAGGACAAAAUUUUUCAAAAAUGUUUGAUAUAUCGUUUGAAAAUCCAGAUGGUAGUGGUAAGGCUUAUGCUUGGCAGAAUAGUUGGGGUAUAUCUACUCGUACAAUUGGUGCUGUUGUGAUGAUACAUGGGGAUGAUAGUGGCUUAGUACUUCCUCCUAGGAUAGCAGCCAUUCAGAUAAUCAUUGUGCCCGUUGGGAUCACUUCUCAGACAAAAAAUGAACAAAAAACAACUUUAAUCCAGAAAGCAAAAGAAAUAAAGGACAUCAUAUCAAAUGCUGGAAUAAGAACGGAGCUUGAUGCAAGAGAUCAUAUAUCUCCGGGCUGGAAAUUUAAUCACUGGGAAUUGAAGGGUGUUCCUAUAAGAAUUGAAAUUGGUCCUCGCGACUUAGCCAAUAAUCAGGUGACUUGUGUUAUCAGACAUUCUGGUGAUAAAAGAACUGUCUCCUUUAAUGGCCUUGCUUGCAAGUGUAAUGAAAUGCUAGAUGAAAUACACAAUGGCAUGUAUAAUAGGGCACUAGAAGCUCGUGAGUCGCACAAAAAAAUUGUUCUUGAGUGGGAUGAAUUUCGAAUACUCUUAGAUAAAAACUACAUCUUGCUUUCACCAUUCUGUGGCCGUAUUGAAUGUGAGGAUAGAAUCAAGAAGGAGAGUGCUCGUGAUGAGGAAUGUGAACCUGGUGCUUCAUCAAUGGGAGCAAAAACACUUUGCAUUCCACUUGAACAGCCAGAACUCUCUCUUCCAAAUAAAUGCAUCAACACAAACUGCUCUGAAACACCAAAAUUUUUUGCAUUGUUUGGGAGAAGUUUGAUGUCUGAAUUGGAUUCUGAUUUUGAUGAGGAAGCUCACUCAAAACUCAUAGACACUAUAAACAAUUUGGGGCGGGGUUCCAAACAGAGUUUAUCGAACAAACAAUGCGGGACGAAGGUCGAUGUUCGAACGCUAGUGAAUCUUAUUCAUUCCACGAAGAACGUAGAUGAUGUGAAGAAGAAAUUGGAGAAGAAAAAGAAGAAAAAAAGGAGUUCAGAGGAUGAACCAAAAACAUUAUUGGCCCCAUCUCAUCGAUUGUUACGAGAAAGAAUUGAAAGCUCAAUUGCAUAUAGUGAUAUCAAACACGAUUUAGAAGAAUGGGUUCCACUAGUGAAGAGAAAUCGACUUGCCGAGCAGUUGGUUUUUCCUCUUGAUAGUGAACCUUAUACUGGAUUAACUGCAAAAGAUCGAGUUGCUACUUUCCAGGCUUGUCCCAGAACUCCAAUGGAAAUUAAAAUAGCUGAGUUAUUGGGCACUUCGAAGAACAAUCUUCGAGAUGACGAACAGUACACCGAAGCUGAAUUGGAAUUACUGAGGGCGAUGAAUCUUAAGCAGGCUAAAGAGAAGUUUGCUCAGUUGCAAAAAAUGCGAGCCUUAGUAAGUUAUCGAGAAGCGAAGCUCAGGAGGCAAGCAAAAAUAAAAAGCAAAUCGUAUCAUCGACAUUUGAAGCGUCAGAAACGAAAAAAAUUGAUAAAGGAAUUCGAAGAAUUGAUGAUCAAAAAUCCAGAAGCUGCCAAAAAAAAGUUGGAAGAAAUCGAUCGUCAGCGCAUUUUAGAACGGGCAACUCUAAAGCAUCGCAAUGGUGGCAAAAAAAUUCAACAUUUAGCAAGAUAUGCAAGUAAAAACAAGGAUUUUAAAAAAACGUAUGAGGACCAAAUAAGGUUAGGAAGAGAGUUAGUCGAAAAACAUGGUCGUGAAAAAGAUUCUAGUUCUGAUUCUGAAAAUGAAAGUUGUACUGCAGAGAAUCUCACCAGUUCCGAAAUGCUGGAGAAAGCAGCCGACGUACUGAGGGAACAAGAGCUUGAAACGGGUUCAACUAAGCCAGAAUUGAGAGCAAAACUUUUCGAAAUGAGACAAAAAAAACAAGAGGCGCUUCGGAAGAGUGCACUGCAAGCUAGGAAUGCUAUGAGGUCGACGUCAACCUUUGUGAACCAAAAUAUGGCUAAAAAAGAAGGCUUGGAUCGCAACGAAAAAACUAUUACGGAAACAAAUAAAGGUGUACUAAGUGAAAAGCAAUCAGGAAACGAGAAAAUUUUAUCUGGUAACUCAAAAAAUGAAAAGCAAGGACAUCAAGACAGAGAGCUAAAAAUUGUGUGUAACGAGUCGAAAAAAGUAAAAAAAAAGAAGCCGAAAACGAAGCCAAAAAACGAAGACGAAAAGAAUUUCAGUCACCACGAAAAAAACAUUGCGCAAACAAAUGGAGAUGUACAAAGCAAAAAACAGUCAAUAAACGAGCAGAUUUCGUCUGAUGAUUUUAGAAAAGAAAAGCAAGGACAUGAAGGCGAGGACCUAAAAGUUGUAUCUAAGAAUUCAAAGAAAUCAAAAAAAAAGAAGUCAAAAACAAAGAAGCUGGGAAUCAAAAGCGAAAAUAUUGACCUCAGAAAUGUCGAUGUUGAUAAACUGUUCGAGGAAGCAGAAAAAAAGCAGGCGCAAAAUAUUUUAAAGGAAUGCAGGCGCCUGGAAGAAAAUAAAGAGGUUUCAAUAGACAAAAGUGUUCUCCGUUCUAAUGGUAUAGCUCCUCAAGAAAAUAGCGGAAAAAUGGAGACGUCUGAUGUGAAAGAACCUGUAGAUAUUUCUUUGGAUCCGAGACAUUUCUUACAAGUGGAAACUGCGUCUUUACCUCAAAUUUCGACCGAUUAUGUUGAGACAUUAGAAGUUUUGGACGGACAAGCAGAAAACCAAGCAGCUGUCAUUGCUGAAGCGUUCGAGGAUGUUGAUGUUAUUGGGGAUUUUGAGAACGAAAAAGAAGCUGUAGAGUCAUCUGAAGCCCCCAAAGAUAUCGAUUUGACCUUACACGGUUGGGGUUCGUGGACUGGACCAGGAAUUAUUGACAAGAAGAAAGAGAGCAUUGCGACGAAUUCUAGGUUUGUAGUCAAAGUUCAGAAGAAAAAGCGAAAAGAUUCUGGAAAAACUGGCCUAAUUAUUUCAGAAGCAAUAGAUCCAUCCAUUGAAAAAAUUCAGUUGAAAUCGGUACCAUUUCCUUUUACAACUGUAGAAGAUUAUGAAGCUGUAGUGCGCCAACCAUUAGGGAAGGAAUGGAAUCCUCAAAAGAUUCAUAGGAAACUUAUUCGCCCUCAGAUCGUCACAAAGGCUGGUCGAAUAAUCAAACCAUUAGAUAAAGCUGUAUUGGAAACUGAAAAAGUGGAUGAAGACGACUGA